UGUAACAGGUAACUCGUUACUGAUUGGUCGCUCCGGCCACCUUCAGUUUACUGCACUGAUCUCUGCUCUUGUUCCGGGAUUCGAGCGACCGACACAACAAGAUUCCACCAUGGAUCUUGUGCUGAACGUGGCCGACUCGUACGUGCUCACGCCGUACGUCUACCCCGCGUCGUGGCCCGAGGACGGGGCCCUGCGGCAGAUCAUCGGCCUGCUGGUGCUGACCAACCUCGGGGCCGCCGUCCUGUACCUGGGCCUGGGCGCCAUCAGCUACUUCCUCAUCUUCGACCACAAGCUGAAGAAACACCCGCACUUCCUGGAGAAUCAGGUUCAGAGGGAGAUCAAAUAUGCCAUGACGUCUCUCCCCGUGAUCAGCAUUCCCACCGUGGCUCUGUUCUUCGCCGAAGUUCGAGGAUACAGCAAACUGUACGACAACGUCGACGAUUCUCCUCUGGGUUGGCCCGGGAUACUGCUGAGUAUGAUCUCCUUCCUGUUUUUCACUGACAUGUGUAUCUACUGGAUUCAUCGCUUCCUGCACCACAAGCGUAUUUAUAAGCUGUUUCACAAGCCGCACCACAUAUGGAAGAUCCCCACCCCCUUCGCCAGCCACGCCUUCCACCCGGUGGACGGCUUCAUGCAGGGCCUGCCGUACCACAUCUACCCCUUCCUCUUCCCCCUGCACAAGGUGCUCUACCUGGCCCUGUACGUCUUCGUCAACAUCUGGACCAUCUCCAUCCACGACGGCGACUACCGCGUCCCCGGCGGCCUGACGAGCGUCAUCAACGGCUCGGCCCACCACACCGACCACCACCUCUUCUUCGACUACAACUACGGCCAGUACUUCACCCUGUGGGACCGGCUGGGGGGCUCCUACAGGCACCCGUCGGCGCUGCUGGGGAAGGGCCCCCACGACCUGAUCCGGAAACUCCAGGCCGAGGGGAGGUUAGGAGACGACGGAGCGAAGGCUAAAGGGCCAGCGAACGGACACGCUAAGGAGGAGUAACAGCGGGAGGGAAAUUAAAAUGAGCUGCAGGAAAUGAUCGCUAUUUUUGUGAAGACAAUGUGCUGCACACACAAAUACUCGGCUGGAAAAAAUAUUGGGGGGAAUAAUAUAAGUGAGUGUACUUGCCAAAAUGAGCCGUUGUGAAAUUUCGAAUCUAGUGGGAAAAGCCCCCCGGAGUGACAUCAUUAAGAGGUCCACGUGUGAAGGUGAUAUUCUCUGACGUGCCCGUCGUCGAGAGAGCCGGCUGUAAUCGAAGGGAGAGACGGCGACGGACUGAAGCCGCUACGCCAUCAGUGACGGACGGUAACUGUGUAAAGGGGAAGUUUGACUUCACGAGUAAGAAUCGAAUUUGAUUCAAAAUCUGAUUUAACAAGUUGUAACUCAAGACCGGAAAUACAGAAAGUAGCCUCCUACAUUAACAUUUAAAUCUAACUGCGAAAAGAUUGACUUGCCUCGUUGUUCGAUCGGGCCUGAAUUCAUCGUUGCAGUUACAGAAACAAAAUAGAAAACAGAGCAAGUCCCUCAGAAAUUGUGUUGAAGAAAUGUGGUCUCUGCUCAGGGGAAUUUGAGUUCAUGGGAUGAAAUUUGUAGCCACUGUAAUUGUCAUCUAUAAAACAGUUCCCGGUUGAAUAAUGUUUUAAGCUCAAAUUAAUUCUGUCCGCUCCUAAGCCGGUUCUCUCUUGUCACGAGACGAUCGAAACGGCUCUAUCUCUCAAGUAGUUUGAGUUUCAAGUUGCUCUGUAAGACAACCUGGACAUGCUUCAGUUACAUUGACUUGGUUUUCUGUUUUAACCAGUCCACAGUCCAAACGAUGUAAGAUAACAUUUCUUUUGGUUGCAUAUUGAUCACAGUUCAUGUCUUCGCUCUGCCUGUUGAGGCGAAUGCUUCAUCGUUAGUAUGAGAAUAAAGCAGCAUUCCCUCUU